GUGGGGCGCGUCCUGCGUCUGACAGUCGUUCCCUCCUACUUCUACUACCCUAUUCCGGGAAGGCUUGUUCUACGCGACCCACGGCAGGGAAGGAAUGUACGUGUACUGGUAUCAGUGAAAGAGCGCGUCGGCGAUGACUGGGAAAGCCAUCGCCGCCGUCGGGCCGAAGGGGCUCCGGCGGCGGCUGCUGUUGCUGCUGCUGCCUGCCAGGCGGUGGCGAACCAAUGGCGUCGGCUGUUGGCGGACCCUCCGUGGGUUGACCGCUUUUCCGGCUAGUUUCCGGCGGCUGCCCCCUAUCUCCUCUGUAGGCCUCGACUGCCUGUCUCGCGCCUCCCCUCUUCUGUUCCUCUUCCUCCUGCCCUCCCCUCGACUUGUGGCAGCAACAACUUCGCGCCGUUACCUUGGAGACUGGCAGCGCUCCCACCUGAGGCCCCGCGAGAUGUUCGGGAGCCCAAGCCGGAGUCAGACUGAGAAGCCCGCGCCUCCUCGCCUAUUCCCGCAGGCUGGGGCCGCCGCCCUGGGGCCCCCCGCGGGCAGGGGGCAAGGCGGCGGGGGCUUGUCGCGGCGGUGCUAUUCGUGCCUCGUCCCCCGCGUCGCCGGCUCCCUUCACCCGAGCAGCUUCCUGGUGUUGGCUCCUAGGAGGAGAGAUCUGAAUGUCUCUACUGGGUCACAACCUGAAGAAAAAAAGAUAAUAGAAUAUUCCAUUGCAUUGAAUAAGAAGCUCCUCUUCGAUACCCAUGCUGUAGUGUGUCUUCUGGAGAAAAAGGGGUUUACCAUUCAACAAGCAGAAAUCAUUGUCUCUAUAUUAAUGAAGAUCAUGAGUACCAACAUGGAUAUUGUCUACCAGGAUAUGGUCAGCAAGAUGCAGCAGGAGAUCAGUGUACAGCAGAUAAUGUCUAAGAUUGCUGGUGUCAAAAAGGAUAUGAUCAUUUUAGAAAAGAGUGAAUUUUCAGCCCUCAGAGCAGAAAAUGAGAAAUUAAAGCUUGAACUCCAGCAAUUAAAACAGCAAGUAACGGAUGAAAUACUUAAGGUCAAGACAGAUAACAAAUUGGAUUUCAAUCUAGAAAAGAGCAGAGUAAAAGAAUUGAAUUCAGUUAGUGAAAAGAAGCUACUUCAACUUAGAACAGAAGUAUUAGCAUUGCACUCGCAACAAGAUCGGACAAUUACUCAGAUAGACAGAAAGAUAGACACUGAAGUUGCUGGCCUGAAAACCAUGCUUGAAUCACACAAGCUUGAUAAUAUUAAAUACUUAGCAGGUUCUAUAUUUACAUGCCUAACUGUAGCUCUGGGAUUUUAUCGUCUGUGGAUUUAAGUGCCUCCUUAAAGAGACUUUUAUUGUCUUGCCUUAAGAAUCUGAGGUUAUUACUUUUUACUUGUUUCAAAUUUUAGCCCUAUUUUGAUUUUAUUUAUGUUACUAAUUUUUAAGGCAAAUUAUGAUGUAUAACCAAUUUUAAAGUAUCAGGAAAUCCAUUUUGUGGCUCUUUAUCUCUUUUUAUAUCCUUUGACCUCACUAUGUUCUCCCGGAAGAUAACCACUGGCAGAAGUACUGAAGAACCUAUUCACCUUGACAAGAGUGAUGUUCCACUUUUCAUAUACUUACUCUUUAAAGAAUUUACUUAUUAAGAAGUCAUCUUGGCUUCAUGAGUGACAAAGAAUUAUAGACUAAUUGGUCUAAGACCACAACAUUUUUUUCCCUCUUGACUCAAAACUUCUAGCAACAAGUAGCUAGUGCAUUGUACCAGAAUGCUUUUAUUUCCCUGCAUUUUGUUGAAACCUGGAUUGAUUGCUCUGUUCACUAAACUAAAUUAUUGUAGUAGUUUACAUAUGUGAUAUCCAAAUCAUGUUGUCUGAUAUAGUGUAUUGGCAUAGUAUGGAAUUUCUUCUACCUCUUGAAAUAUUCUGGGAUUUUCUUUUUUAAUUCUUUCCCUAUCAGUGGAGUGACUUGGGAACUAAUAUUCUGUUGUUUUCUAGUGACCUUGAAAACUUAUUAGUGAUGAGCAUAUGGGAUUUCUGUUUUGUAUGAUAAGUCUAUUUCUUCUAGACUUUUAUCCACUUUUUACGGUGGAAAAAUUUGGUCUUGUUUUUAUGGUGAUCUAUACACAUCUAUCUCAGUAGAAAUGAAACUGAUCCAUUUGAUGAUUUUGUUUCCAUCUGUCACUAAUUCAGUCAGGCACUCAAGCCCAAAAAUUCUUCAUACCCAAAUAUUAUCUUUGUUCAAACAUUAACUUACCUUAAGUUUUGAAAUGUAAUUCUUCUUGUAUCAUUAGUUUUUUUCCCCAAGGUGUAUGUGCUUUUUCUUUUCAUAAGAACAUCAGAAAAUUUUCUGUUUUCAAUCCAGCCAAAGCCCCAGUUUUUAAAAGCAUUUUCUUCCCAUCCCAAUUUAAUUUGAAUCCUUCAUGUACAGAUAAGAAUAAACAUUUUAAUUUCAAGUCAAUUUUUGCAUUAAUAUAACACUUUAGUACAAUUGCUAUGAUUAGGUAAAAAAGUUAAGAGACUUAGAUUGUUAGCUAUGUUUUAGAAUUUUGCCGAUAAUAUAAUCAAUGCCAGUUCCUAAUUGUUAGAGUAAUACAGAGGGCUUUUCCAGAAAUUUGGGUUGAAAAAUUCUAAGACCACCCACUUACACACUCAAACAAACAGGAAAAGUUCAAUCUUUUCCUCCUCCUCCCCCCCCCCCUCUCUCUCUCUCUCUCACACACACACACACACACACACACACACACACACACCCUUGAAUUUAUUUGGGAUAUCAGCAACCAAGUGACAAAUUAAUCUAAUAUUAAUAUUUCUUUUUUUCUUGUUGAAUGAAAAAACAUCUUUCCCACUCUACCCCUUUUCAGAAAAGACUUUUCAGGAAGGGUUAGAUAUUCAACAGUAAUGAUAUUCAACAGCAGUAAUGAUAGCUUGACCAAAUCUUAUGUAUCAACUAGAGUUUUGUUUAAAUACAUAUCUAAAGAUUCCUUCUUGAUAUUUAAAGUCCUCACAUCUUUCUGGUGAGUUUGGGAAGAAGGAUGUCUGUCAAACCAUGUAUAUCAAAGCAUUGCUGAAUUGACAUUUCUUACUGAUAAAAAUGUAUUUUAUAAUUUAUGACGUUAGAAAUUAUUUAUUUAUUUAUUCGGCAUUUUACUGUUAGCAGAAGGUAAUUUGCGAGAUUGAACUUCUCUAUCCUGACUUGGAACUAUAGUAAAAAGGAUCUUGGUCCAGUAUUUUUUCCUUUCUAUUAUGUGUUUUGCACAUAUAUCUGAAGAUUAGGAAAGCUUGGAAUAUUUACAUCCUUUAUUUCGCUUUUAAAAGCUUUCAAGCCAAAAUUCCUUGCAGAUUCCUUUCUACUGUAUACUCAGAAAGCUAUAUCCUACCCAAUAGUAGGAAAGAACUCUGUCCUACUUAGGACUUAAUUAGGUUGUCAUAAUUGCAGAGAAAGAAGGUGGGGGGAGUAGAUAGGAAUGGUAGAGGCACAUUGUAAUACAUUGAACAUCUUGCUCUGAUUAGAUGUUAAAAAUAAAUCCCUUCAAAACAGCAGCAUAGAUGGUCUCUAGAAUCUAGACAGUCAGGGUUUUCUUCCUUUCUGAUGUGGGAUGUUUGUGAAUACUUAAGUCUUAGUGGGGAAUAAUGGAGGGGGAGUUGCUUCAUACCUUUAAAAAUAGAGUUGGGGGAGGUAUUUUUUUAAACUCUUACCUUCUAUAAGACAGAAGAGCCAUAAGGACUGUGCAAUUGGGAUUAUGUGACUUGCCCAGGGUCUUGUAGCUAGGAAGUAUCUGAGGCCACAUUUGAACCCAGGAUCCAGAUCUGGCUCUCUCCACUGAGCCACCUAGCUGCCCCUAAAAAUAGAAUUAUAAUCAAAUAUAAUUUUAUAUAUAAAAUAAAAAAUAAUUAUAAUCAAAACAACCAAAAGGCAUUACUUACUCUUUUAGUCCUCUGAUAAUGUGUCACCUGUUGGUAUAUUUUGUAGUAUUUCUCCUUUGGAAACAUGUUUUAAUUUAAAUUACUGUGCUCUUUUUGGGUUUCUACUUUAAUAUCUAGUGGCUAGAUAUUAUCUAGCUGGGUUUCUACUUUAAUAUCUAGUAAAGGCAUCUGAAUGUAUUCAUUGUUUCCCUCAAGUGUUUUAAAUGUCUCUUUUGAGAAACAAGAAGUUAGAGGAGAAGGAUUUUACUGAAACUAAAAAUGCAGUUGAAAUUUGGCAUUAAAGAUUUAAUAAAAGUAAAAUCCUGCAUGCUUUUUCUGAGCAAUAGUGAAUAUCUCCAACUUUAACCUACCUUCUCUCUCCUGUUAUUACUGAAGAUGUUCUUUGCUCCUUGUUUCUGUACUUUGAUAAUUUCACAAAUCUUUUAUUUCAUUGAUGUGAGCUCUCACUCCAACAAUGACAUAAUUGAAAAUGUCUUAUCUAAAAUUUGUACCACACCUAGCACUUGGCAUAGUGCUUUUGUAUACAGCAGGUGCUUAAUAAAUGUUAGCUGAAUUUAGUUUUGUUACAAUGUAUAGCAGAUAACUUCUCAGAUUUCUAAUCUGUUUUUUCCCUCAGCACUUCUGCCUUAUAAUUAACCAUGUCAGUAUUGACAAAUACCUCCAUUAUUAUUCCUUCUUUUUAAAACAUUUGACGUAUUAUACCGAAGACUCCUUGGAAUUAGGUCUUAGAUAGAUCAAGCCUUUAAAUAAUUUAACAUGGAAGUUUCUUGGUGAUACUAGGAAAAAAUCUAUUUUUGGAAACAACUCUCAUCAUGUACAUGAAUGUCUAAGACUAUUUGGGGUCUCUUAUAUGUAUGCUAUUUGAAACAAAUUGUCUUUUUUCCAUUCCUAAAUCAUUUUUAACUUUUAUUCAAUGAAUGUUGAGUUAAAUUUAAAUAUACAAAGAGUGGAAAUGGCCUUUAUAAUAGAGGCCAUGAAAUAUUUUUAAUACUUAAAAUAAAAUAUAUUGAGAACAUUA